AAGUGAGGCAUUGACCUAUUUUCUCUAUUGCUUUUUUUUUUUCAAAAUGUGUUGAAUAGAAGUACUCGGGGAUCAGGACGUGAAUCGAACUUGAGUUUAAAUCAUGUUACAAUAUGAACUCCCCGUAGGAAGAACCAUUCAUUUAUUGCGCGCUCGAGUGUGGUGGUGAGGGGUUGUCUUGGAGAUAGACGAUCUUUGGUGAAUACAGUUCACACAGCAGCACGAGCAGUGCAGCAAGAAACAUGUCGGAGACCGCGGCUAAACGUGAAGCUAACUGGGUUGAAUCUGAAAACUCAUCCCGCAAAGUUAAGAGGGCGAAAGCCGACGAGGAUAAUGGCCAUUUCAAAAUAAUGGUCUAUCUAUAGUGAUAUAAUAUGUGAAGUGUCUUUUCUUAGAAAUCAGACAAUGUUUUGCUCACAGUGAGACUGGCACAUUAAACAUGUCCUCAACAGUUUGCUGAUAAAGAGGCUGUGGUUAUCCUGGAGAAGACCCCCAUCAGAGAGGACACCCUGGCGGACCUCUUCAGUGGUUCAGUGCUGAAGCUGGAGAUGAAAAACGACAUUUACAGCACAUAUCGAUUACAGGCUCCCCAUCAUCUUAAUGAGAUAAAGACUACAGUAGUGUGUCCAGCUACAGAGAAGCAUAUCAAGAAAUACCAGCGUCAGGAGAGUUUUCUUGUGGAGGAGACUGGGGAGGACUAUGAGUCCAUCACUCUGCCCUACAUUCAGCAGCAGAGUUUCAGUCUGCAGUGGGUAUACAACAUCCUGGAAAAGAAUGCAGAGGCUGACAGGAUCGUUUUUGAAGAUCCUGACCCAAAGGUUGGCUUUGUCCUCCUCCCAGAUUUCAAAUGGGACCAAAAACAGGUGGAUGAUUUAUACCUGAUUGCAAUAGCACACUGUAGAGGUAUUAGGAGUCUCAGAGACCUGAAGUCCGAGCAUCUACCACUGCUGCAGAACAUCUUUGAGAAAGGAAAGGAGGCCAUCAUGCAGCGGUACAACCUUCCAGCCAGUAAGCUGAGAGUCUACCUGCACUACCAGCCAUCCUACUACCACCUUCACGUUCACUUCACCAAGCUGGGCUACGAGGCACCGGGCUGCGGUGUAGAGCGGGCCCACCUUCUCGCAGACGUUAUUCAAAACCUGCAGUCUGACUUCCAGUACUACAAAACUCGGACCCUGUACUUUCCCCUGAGGGCUGAAGACGGACUUCUCAGCAAGUUCAAGGAGUCGGGGAAGCUGUAGCAUGCUGCACACAAUUACUUGUUUAAAUAUUUUUGUAGUUUAUGUAGUCUUGUGCUCCAGGUGAUUUUAUUAUCAUUCUCAUAUCAGUCCUUCAUCCCUUAUAGGUAAAAAAGAAAAAGAAAAAGUAUAGCAUUGGAUAUAAAUAUGUUUUUUAUAUCUUUUCUUAAUGGUAUAGCUGAAUUUUCCUGUCUGAGUUAAACCUUAUUGUUCUUCUACUCAACCUGUUGAUGUGCUGUUAUUAUGCAAAAUUAUAUUAUUAUAAAUGAAAAUGGAUUUUCAUCAAAACAUUGUGAUUGUCAGGUUUAGUGGUAGAAUUGCAUUUUUUAUAUUUCCAGUAAUAUAAUGUGCAGAAGAUGUGUUACUUGCUUUAAGUAACCAAGAUUAAACACUAGAUGGCAGCAUUUCUAAUACCAUACUGAUUUAAUUAUUGUUUUUCCAUUACUGCCUAAAUGCAAAAU